AUGUCUUCCGACUCUUCUUCCAAUUCCGAGGUCGCCAUUCUUCCCGAACACCGUAGGGAGGAAACUUCUACUGACAUCUCGAGCUCGGGAUCUACAGAACAUUCUUCGAACGCUUCCCUAGUUCGCAAGAAUUCCCGUGUCGUCGAGGUCAGCUCUGGUAGCCGAGUUCCAAUUCGGGCUCCAGAGCAGAUGGAUCGAGAUCUCCGCGAGCCCGAAGGCCAAGUUCCUACCGACCUGGUCCAGGGGCGGGAACCUGAUGUGAAGACAGAUGAGGACGCUCCAUUGCACGAGGUCGGGGAAGGAGGAACGCAGGAUCCAGACGACGAUGAUAUGAUGUUGAUCGUGGAUCGGCCAUGUGUAUGUGCCCCGGUGAAGUCUACCUUGUCAUCUCCGGAGACGGUUCGGGCUGCUAUGAUGAUCGGCGGAGCCCCUCCUGGAAUCAUUAUUCAAGUUCCUGAACCGGAAAAGCGCCCUUGGGAUGCACCCGAGGGUUUCAUCUAUGUCUACGAGGCCUAUUUCCGCGAGGCCGGAUUGACUUUCCCUUUGCCCCGCUUGUUGUUCGCCUACUGCAAUCGUCGUGGCUGCGCGAUAUCGCAACUUCAGCCGGCGUCGAUCGUAAACUUUGUUGGGAUUCUCCAGCUCGGGCGUGACGUCCGGGCUCACAUCAACAUGGCCCAAUUCGAGGAGCUCUUUAUUAUGAAGGUCUCGUCGGCCAAAAGCUGGUUUCUGUCGGUGAAUUGCAACCCGAAGUUCGACCUGGUCACAGGGAACAAGGCUAGCAAAUUUCCGAACUGGGAUCAGAGUUACUUCUUUGUUCGCGUUGACUCGUCAUCUGCUGAGAAUCCGGAGAGCACGUUCCGGACUGGCUGGAGUGUCGAUUUCGAUCGUCACGUUCCAGGAUUCAUUCAACGCUCCCUCCCGUCCGACCUUGCGAAGCAAUUAAGUCUCCCCGGACAGCGCCGUUGGCCCCUUGCCUAUCGGGAGAAGAUCGACCGCCGGAUAAAGAGAGCUCAGGAUAGAGCCAAAACUAAGGCGGAACCCAGCUCGUCGAGGCCGGUACCGAAGAAGAAGAAAACGAGGAAAAUCAGCCAGUCAAGUCGGAGAAGGAUGGCAUUCGACAGAUUUGACAUUCCAAUGAUGGACUUUGGGGCUGACGAGGAAGAAGAUAAUGCCCUGAUCGAUAUUGUCGGUCUCGACGGGAAUGAGGCCGGUGAUGGCGUUGAAGCCGCUAUCGGGGACGAAGUCGACAAUGUCCCGGUCGGCCUGGUUAACCCUCUGAUCCCGGUUGCGGAACCGGAGGGCAACGUGGCGGGAACUAUUGUUCUUGAGGCGACUCCUCAGCCUCAAAUGGAGGAAGGGGAAAUUGGUGAGCAGGAUGAGGACGAGCUCACCAUUGUCGACCGUGCCCAAAGGAAGAAUGGCAAGUCCUCGAAGAAAUCGUCUCGGAAGAGGGGUGGUGAUCCCGAGACGGCUGUGAGCGAGGGGACUCUGGUUCUUCGCGAGUCGCCUAAUGCUUCUCAGAUUCCCCCAGCGGAUCCGGCAGCUGAGACCGGAAACCCGAGGUCGUCCAAGAGGCGUCGGACCUCUGACUCGUCCUCUUUUUCAGUCCGGCUUCAGUACAACAAAGACCGGUCCUUUUUCGAUGACUCGACUGCCUGCGCUGAGCUCUUCAGGCAGAUCGUGCCGGCCUCGUCUCCGAUGCCUGAGACAAAGGACCUCUUCUGCCCCAAGUCUUAUGCUCGGGUCGCGAAAUCUGCCUCUGUUCUCGUCUGUGAUACCAAUGAGCUUGUUCGCGAGUACGACUCCGAGGUCGAGAGGCUGAGAAAAAUUAACGCCGAGGUUGCUGCUGAGAGGGCGUCUUUGGAAGCAUCGUACCGGGACGAAAAAGAAAGGUACGAGGCUGCUGUGCUAGCCUUCACCGAAAAGGAGAAGGAGAACGCUGCCUUGAAGGAGCAGGUCGGGGCUCAGGAGAAGCGGACUGCCGAACUGGAGGGAGACAUGGAUGCUCUGUCCAAGUCGUUCAAGACGAGCGAACUGGAAAGGCGGAGGUACCGAGACACCGAGUCCAAGGGCAGAAAGAUGCUGGCCGUGCUUAGGGGCAAGUGCGAGGGGAAGCUUGCCAAGAUGAAGGACUUCAUGGACAAGUCCGAGCUCAGAAAGGCGCCGUUCCUCAAGCUUAACCAGGCGACUGCUCUGGUCGGCUUCUGCGACUUUCUAAGGAGGGAACACAAUAUGAUCGUCCCGUCGCACAUCGUGGAGACGUACGCGCGUAGGGUCAAGAAUUGCACGAAGGAGGUCGAUGAUAUCCCCCUUCUGCGGUUUGAGAACGAAGACUUCCUCCUCCCGAGUGACGACGAUCUCAUUCCCAGGAUUGUGCUUCCGCCGGGACGCAGGUUCCGGAGGGUUUGGACCAGUUCGGCUCGAACUCUAGGUCCAUCUCGGCUGAUCGGGCUGCGAGUCUCAAGAGUCCGGCGUCCGUCGCUCGCCAAUGAUUCUCUUAGUUUUCCUUAG